GGUCGUAAGAGUGAGGCUGAAAAGUUCUUCUUGAAGGCUAUUGAACUGGACCCCACCAAAGGAAACUGUUACAUGCAUUAUGGUCAGUUUCUUCUGGAGGAAGCCCGCCUCAUAGAAGCAGCUGAGAUGGCGAAAAAGGCAGCUGAGCUGGACAGCACCGAGUUCGAUGUUGUCUUCAAUGCUGCCCACAUGCUCAGACAGGCUAGCCUCAAUGAAGCAGCUGAGAAGUAUUAUGAUCUGGCAGCCAGACUGCGGCCUAAUUAUCCGGCUGCUCUGAUGAACUUGGGAGCCAUCCUGCACCUCAACGGCCGGCUUCAGAAGGCUGAGGCCAACUACCUGCGGGCGCUACAGCUCAAGCCAGAUGACAUCAUCACACAGUCCAAUCUCCGAAAACUCUGGAACAUCAUGGAAAAGCAAGGCUUGAAGACUUCCAAGACCUGACACAGGAAGGCCACACCGCGCUCUCCUCCAUACGUGAACCCGGACUCAUGAAGGAGCAGAGCUUCCCAGCAGUGCUACGACGAGAGCUAGUUCGGACUUGGAGACCCGGGGCAGAGGUCCCUGAGGCCACCGCCACUUCUGGGAGUAUCCACUUUGCUAUGGACGCAGCCUUCAACACCAAAAAUGGGGAAUGUUGGAAACUUCCUGAAGGAUAUAAUCGUUACCCAUAAAACUGUAAACCCAAGCACUUAACAGGAUCUUUUGGCAUUCUAAAAGGGGGAAGGGGUGUGAGUUUCAAAUGUGGUUCUUUUAUGAAAGCUAAUUUAGAAAUUAUACUGUUCCUUAAACACUGUGAGAGAAAGUCAAGAGUGUCUUUUCAACCGUGGUAAACCAUUAAGGUCAAGUGUUCAUGGGCGGUGAUUCAAGUGUGGUGUGAAUUCUGGUGAGCUGGCCAUUUGUCUUAACGUUGCUGCCUUCCUUCUUUGGGCCAGCCUACUUAUCAGUUUCCAGAACUUAGAAAACUUUUCUUUUUCUAAUACUGUGUCAGGAUCUGUCAGAGUCUGUAUUUGUUUCCUGACUGGUGCACAUAACAUUUUAUGAUUUAGAUAUCACCAUCAUGUGGGCAUCCUUCGCUUUUCAUGUUCUGUAAUGGAUGUGCAGGAGAAAGCAAACCACGUUUCUCACUGAUGUCCUGGGAGGGGAGGGGAGGGGAGAGGCCCAUGUGUGCCAGGCAGGCAUUUUUUACUUUGGCAUCACCAACUUUUCCCAAAACUGCCUAGGAGAAUUCAUUGUUUUAAUUCUUAGGCUUUUGAAAUUGCCUUGUAAAAUGGCUAUUCCUAGUUAAUGCCCAUGCUUAUAUAAGAAAGUAAAUCAAAAGGAACUUUAAAAAGUGUUCUAGUUCCAAUACCCAACCAGCAGCUAGUCCAAAAGGGAAGAUGCUUGUGCCUUCCAGAUGUUGCUGGGUUAAAAAUCAAGUCUGGGUGACAAUGUUACCGACAAUUUUAUAUUUUGAAAAGAAUUGGUGUGAAAUGUUAAUCACUUUCUAAUAGGUACCCGAACAGCAGUGCUGAUAAGUUUUUGAGAAAUUAUUUUUAAUCAUACUUGUUCUUCCCAAAAGACAUAAAAAAAUGACUUAUUUUAAGCUGCAGUAGACUGUAGCAUUAGUCCACGUGCUUCUAGGUUUCCUGCCAAGUGCUUUUCGCUGUUGAAAACUAUUUUUCACUAGAAAAUUUGGCAUUUUAUUUCAUUGCCUUUUAGUAACCACUUCAGUGAUCAUUUCACAAGUAAAAGACUAUAAAUGAAGUAGAGAGAAACAUUUAUUGAACAUUUUUUGACUUGCAGUCAAACUUUGCUACUAAAAAUUAACUUUGUAAAAACAGCAAUCCACUUUCCACUUCUUCCUAGAGAAGGUAGCUAUACAAUACAUAUUUAUUUAUUUAUUAUUCUGCCAUAGCAAAAUAACAAAACUUGAUUCAUUAAAUCAGUUCUCUGCAACUUAAAGUUAGCUUUUUUUCUUGUCCUUUCAUACUCCACAUAUAUAUGGUCAGCAUCCCCAUUUAAGGGAAGCUACACAUUCAAAUAGAUCAUGUGUUUCUUCAUAUUUUGUAUGUUUUGCUGUGUAUCUGAAUAUGGUGGGGUAAAGAAUUUAAAGUAGUGCUUCUAUGGCAUUAGUGUUUUGGUGAGAAAGAUAAUGUAGUGAGAGAGAUUUGUUAAUGGCAUUAAAAGAAGGCCCUCCAAAUAUGUAACCUAUUAUUGGUAAGCAUUUCAUUGAAGGGCCAAAAGUUAAAUUAUAACUAAAUCACUGUGUUUCAGAAUGAUAUAUAAUGUUUAACAACAACAAACCCAUGGUCAAACCAAAAGCCUGGGUUGAGGUAUAUUUUUCAUCUUUUAGUGCAUUGGCAAUUGCAGAAAAAGAAAAGAAAAAAGGAAUUUAAUAUAAGGAUAUAGAGGUGAAUUCAAUGUCUAACAUUUUUAUUUAUUUAAAUAGUUAUUGACGUAUGAUGGCUUCCUCGUCUUAACAUUUUGUGUCUUUCAAUUGUUACUGUUCUUCCUUUCACACACUUGGUUCUUGAUAGUUUCACUGAAUGCACAGUAGAGGCACUUCAUGUUGACCCAGUUCCCAAGUAGCAUAAUAAUUGGACCUGUGUCAUAAAAUGCAUGGAUCAUUAAUAACUAAAUGUCCCUGACACCUUUCACUACAGGGCUGGACUUAGUAACUGACCAACUUGGGGGGAGGGUUGGGGGAGGUCUAUAGAACAUGGUCAAAAAAAUGUCUCCGCUCAGGGAUUUAUGGUGGAUUAUUGCAGACAGUGCUAAAACUAUAGAGCACAAGACAAGUUUACUAAAUUAAAAUUUUAUUUUUUUGAAAAACUGUUAUUUGUAUAAAUUAUCAAGUUUUGUAGGCUUUCCUUUUGUAGAAAUAAUUGUUUUAUGUGCCAGAGAAUUUUGAUUUUGUUUUCAACAAUAAAGCAUUGAUAACAAAUA